AUGGAGUUCUUCGAGUCUGAGCUUCUCCCUUCCAUCUCCCUACGUCCUUCGGUGUGGCGGAGGAAGCCUAUGCACAGUGAUAUGUACAUAGACUUCUCGUACCAUCCUCUCCAUGUAAAGAGAGGUGUUGCCACCUCCCUGUUCCUCCGCACCCUCAGCAUCUGUGACCCCCAGUACCUGGAUGGAGAGAUCGACUUCCUGCGUCGUCAUUUCUCCAAACUGGGUUACCCUCGUCAUGUUCUCGACGUCGCGUUAUCCACGAGUGGUGCCUUCUACCACGACUCGUCUCCUAAAGAAACUCCUCACCUGCUCGUCCUCAGCCUGCCCUACACCGAGGAGAUCUACUCUCCGUCGCCCUCGCCACCCUUAUCAACUGCCAGAUGUCCACACCCGCAGACUGGUAGAAUCUUCCUUAAUCAAGCAAGCAGCUGCUUUUCUCCUGCCGACAGCCUCCUCGCUUCCCACAUCCUCUACCUUCUUCCUUAUGCCUGUCACCCUUCGCAUAGACCGCCUGAUUCUUCGACCUGA